UCAAACCGCCCCCCCCCCCCAUUCAGACAUCUACGUGUUCGGGGUGGGGGAGCUGUCCGACCACGCGGUGCUGAACUCGAUGGCGUCUCACAAGGACGGCGAGAAACACGUGUGGAUAUUGAAGGAGCUGGACGACCUGCACAGCGCCUUCCACGCCAUGAUAGAUGAAGGUGCGGCCGCGGGUCUUUGUGGGAUCGCCCACGAGGGGAAAAGCGCCACCCAGCGGCAGAGGAACCCGUGGGGGGGCAGCGUCAGCGUCACGAGACCCGAGCUGGGCCGUGAGCACUGCGCCGUGUCCGUUGUGUCCCGUUACUUCGUGCUGACGGCGGCUCAUUGCUUCCGGGGUGAGGACAGACCGGAAUGGGUCACCGUCAGCGUAGGCUCCCAGGAGCGCCGUGCUGCGGAGCUUCACAUCCACCCCCAAUACGACUUGGGGGGCAGGAAGGACCGAGGGGUCCCCGAGUUCUAUGACUACGACGUGGCCUUGGUGCAGCUCCAGGAGCCCCUACAGCUCUCUGACACCAUACGCCCGCUGUGUCUGCCCUGCACUGAAGUUGCCUCCCGUGCUCUGCGGCUGCCACCGAAUCUCAGCACCUGCAGCGAGCACCGCCGGCUCCUGCUGCCCCGGUCCAACAUCCCGUCGUUCUUUGUGUCCGAUCGCGGCCACGAGGGGCUGCAGCGCUACAACAUCCUGCUGCGACACGGCGACAUGGUGACCUUUCACCCCGUGACCCUUGACCCCGUGACCCCUUAUUGACCCCCUGACCCCGUG